GGGGGAGUGAGAGGGAGAAGGAACUAGCUGAGAGCUGCCCUUUGUUUCUAGGUUUGCCGAAGAGUACGGGGAAGAGACCGGCGCGAGUCUAUACUGCUUUCUGAAAACAUACAGAACGCUGUUUUUCUGCCUCUCACUUCUUCCGGCUCUGCUGAGAGAUGUCCACCCCUGACCCACCUAUGGGCGGGACCCCUCGGCCGGGCCCUUCCCCAGGCCCUGGGCCGUCUCCAGGGGCCAUGUUAGGGCCUAGUCCUGGACCCUCACCUGGCUCUGCUCAUGGCAUGAUGGGCCCCAGCCCUGGGCCCCCCUCCUCAGGACACCCACUACCUCCACAGGGCCCCUCAGGUUACCCCCAGGACAACAUGCACCAGAUGCACAAGCCCAUGGAAGGCAUGCAUGAGAAAGGCAUUCCUGAAGAUCAACGCUACGCUCAAAUGAAGGGUAUGGGCAUGAGACAGGGUGGCCACAGUGGCAUGGGACCUCCACCCAGUCCUAUGGACCAACACUCUCAAGGUUACCCCUCUCCUCUGGGUGGUUCUGAACAUGCCCCCAGUCCGGUACCUUCUAACGGCCCUCCGUCUGGCCCCAUGAUGCCCUCUGGUCCUGGUGCCAUGGAGGGCGGUGACCCGCAGGCCAUGGGUCAGCAGAACCGGAGUGGAGGCGCCGGUGGUGUUGCAGGUUCGGGACCCAGCGGAGGACCUCCAAAUGCAGGUGGACCUGGUGGCGCCGGCGGACCCACUCCUUUUAACCAAAACCAGCUUCACCAACUGCGGGCACAGAUCAUGGCCUAUAAGAUCCUGGCACGCGGGCAAGCUCUACCUGACCACCUCCAGAUGGCGGUGCAGGGAAAACGGCCCAUGCCAGGCAUGCAGCCGGGGAUGCCCAACAUGCCUCCUGGCUCAGGACAAGGAGCAGGACCACCUGGACCAGGAGGCCCUGGACCUGGGGGACCCAACUACAUUAGACCACAAGGUGAGCUUCACCAACUGCGGGCACAGAUCAUGGCCUAUAAGAUCCUGGCACGCGGGCAAGCUCUACCUGACCACCUCCAGAUGGCGGUGCAGGGAAAACGGCCCAUGCCAGGCAUGCAGCCGGGGAUGCCCAACAUGCCUCCUGGCUCAGGACAAGGAGCAGGACCACCUGGACCAGGAGGCCCUGGACCUGGGGGACCCAACUACAUUAGACCACAAGGAAUGGUCGUACCAAACAUGCCUCUUCUAGGACCUUCUGGUGUUCCUCCAGGCCUGCAGGGACAACCCACCAAUGGACCACCUAAAUCCUGGCCUGAAGGGCCCAUGGUGAAUGCUGCCGCCCCUGCAAGUGCCCCACAGAAGCUGAUACCUCCUCAGCCCACGGGCCGCCCGUCUCCAGCACCACCUUCGGUUCCUCCCGCCGCUUCACCUGUCAUGCCCCCUCAGACCCAGUCUCCAGGACAACCGACCCAGCCGCCCAUGGUGCUUCAUCAGAAACAGAACCGCAUCACACCCAUCCAGAAACCCCGGGGUCUGGACCCAGUGGAGAUCCUCCAGGAGAGAGAGUACAGGUUACAGGCUCGUAUUGCUCAUCGUAUUCAGGAGCUGGAGAACCUUCCAGGCUCUCUGGCUGGAGACUUGAGGACCAAAGCCAACAUUGAGCUCAAGGCACUUAGGCUCCUGAACUUCCAGAGACAGCUCCGCCAGGAGGUCGUAGUGUGUAUGAGGCGUGACACGGCCCUGGAGACAGCGCUGAAUGGCAAGGCCUACAAGCGCAGCAAGAGACAGUCCCUGCGUGAGGCUCGUAUCACAGAGAAACUGGAGAAACAGCAGAAAAUCGAGCAGGAACGCAAGCGCCGUCAGAAACACCAGGAGUAUCUCAACAGCAUCCUUCAGCAUGCAAAGGACUUCAAGGAAUAUCAUCGCUCCAUCACCGCAAAGAUCCAGAAGGUGACCAAAGCCGUAGCCACGUACCAUGCCAACACUGAGAGAGAGCAGAAGAAGGAGAAUGAGCGUAUCGAGAAGGAGAGAAUGAGAAGGCUGAUGGCUGAAGAUGAAGAGGGUUACAGGAAGCUGAUCGAUCAGAAGAAGGACAAACGUCUGGCUUACUUGCUGCAGCAGACGGACGAGUAUGUGGCCAACCUCACAGAGCUUGUCAGAGCUCACAAAGCUGUCCAGGCCCUCAAAGACAAGAAGAAGAAGAAGAAAAAGAAGAAGCCAGAGAACGCUGAGGGUGGAGCUCCUGCUUUGGGUCCAGAUGGAGAGCCUCUGGAUGAGACCAGUCAAAUGAGUGACCUACCGGUGAAGGUGAUUCACGUGGACAGUGGGAAGAUCCUCACCGGCAUGGAAGCUCCUAAAGCUGGACAACUGGAUGCCUGGCUGGAGAUGAAUCCUGGGUACGAGGUGGCCCCGCGGUCUGAUAGUGAAGACAGCGGCUCGGAGGAGGAAGAGGAGGAGGAGGAGGAGCAGCCUCAUCCGUCUCAGGCCCCAACAGAGGAGAAGAAGAUUAUUUCAGAUCCAGACAGUGAGGAUGUGUCUGAGGUGGACGCCCGUCACAUCAUUGAGCAUGCCAAGCAGGAUGUUGACGAUGAAUACGGUAAUGCAGCAUUCCUUAGAGGCCUGCAGUCGUACUAUGCCGUGGCUCACCAAGUCACAGAGAAAGUGGAGAAGCAGUCGAGCCUGUUAAUAAAUGGACAGCUCAAACAGUACCAGAUCAAAGGUCUGGAGUGGCUGGUGUCUCUUUAUAAUAAUAACUUAAAUGGCAUUCUGGCUGAUGAAAUGGGUUUGGGAAAAACCAUCCAGACCAUUGCACUCAUCACCUACCUCAUGGAGUACAAACGCCUCAACGGACCCUUCCUCAUCAUCGUCCCCCUCUCGACUCUUUCGAACUGGGUGUACGAGUUUGAUAAGUGGGCUCCAUCUGUGGUGAUAAUUUCUUAUAAGGGCUCUCCUGCUGCUCGCCGUGCAUUUCUUCCCAUUUUGCGCAGCGGCAAGUUCAAUGUGCUGGUCACCACUUAUGAGUACAUCAUCAAAGACAAGCAAGUGCUGGCCAAGAUUCGUUGGAAGUACAUGAUAGUGGACGAAGGUCACCGUAUGAAGAAUCACCACUGCAGACUGACUCAGGUGUUAAACACGCACUACCUGGCGCCCCGGCGUGUGCUGCUCACCGGAACGCCGCUGCAGAACAAGCUCCCCGAACUGUGGGCGCUGCUCAACUUCCUGCUGCCCACCAUCUUCAAGAGCUGCAGCACCUUCGAGCAGUGGUUCAAUGCUCCGUUCGCCAUGACCGGAGAGAAGGUGGACCUGAACGAAGAGGAGACCAUUCUGAUCAUCCGUCGUCUGCACAAAGUGCUCCGCCCCUUCCUGCUCAGGAGACUCAAGAAGGAAGUAGAAGCCCAACUGCCCGAGAAGGUGGAAUAUGUGAUCAAGUGCGACAUGUCGGCUCUACAGAGAGUGCUGUACAGACACAUGCAGGCUAAAGGAGUGCUGCUAACUGAUGGCUCUGAGAAAGACAAGAAGUUUUACAGAACCACUAAGGCUGAGGAUCGUGGCAUGUUGCUAAAGAACUUUAAUGAUCCGUCCUUUCAGUACUUUAUCUUCUUGCUGAGUACCAGAGCAGGAGGUCUGGGGUUGAACCUGCAGACUGCUGACACUGUUAUCAUCUUUGACAGCGACUGGAACCCUCACCAGGAUCUGCAGGCCCAGGAUCGCGCCCAUCGUAUCGGGCAGCUGAACGAGGUGCGUGUGCUGCGUCUGUGCACCGUGAACAGCGUGGAGGAGAAGAUCCUGGCUGCUGCCAAAUACAAGCUGAACGUGGACCAGAAGGUCAUCCAGGCCGGUAUGUUCGACCAGAAGUCGUCCAGCCACGAGCGCAGAGCUUUCCUGCAGGCCAUCCUGGAGCACGAAGAGCAGGAUGAGGAGGAAGAUGAAGUGCCAGAUGAUGAGACUGUUAAUCAGAUGAUCGCUAGAAGCGAGGAAGAGUUCGAUCACUUCAUGCGCAUGGAUCUCGACCGCCGUCGUGAAGAGGCUCGCAACCCGAAACGCAAACCCCGGCUGAUGGAGGAGGAUGAGCUGCCCACCUGGAUCAUGAAGGACGACGCAGAGGUGGAAAGGCUGACCUGCGAAGAAGAAGAGGAGAAGAUGUUCGGCCGUGGCUCCCGCCAAAGAAAAGAAGUGGACUACAGCGACUCCCUCACAGAGAAACAAUGGCUGAAGGCCAUCGAGGAAGGCACCCUUGAUGAGAUUGAAGAAGAGGUGCGCUACAAGAAAACGACCCGGAAAAGGAAGCGUGACCGUGACUUCGACCUUCCAGGCACGGCCACGCCCAGCUCCAGUGGGCGGAGCAGAGAUAAAGAUGACGACAGUAAGAAGCAAAAGAAACGAGGUCGUCCUCCUGCUGAAAAACUCUCUCCCAACCCUCCCACGCUCACCAAGAAGAUGAAGAAGGUUGUGGAUGCAGUAAUCAAAUACAAGGAUGGCAAUGGAAGACAACUGAGUGAGGUGUUCGUUCAACUGCCUUCACGUAAAGAGCUGCCAGAAUAUUACGAACUCAUUCGCAAACCUGUGGACUUCAGGAAGAUCAAGGAACGCAUUAAGAGUCAUAAGUACCGCACUCUGAAUGACCUGGAGAAAGACGUCAUGCUUCUCUGUCAGAACGCUCAGACCUUCAACCUGGAGGGAUCACUGAUCUACGAGGACUCUAUCGUGCUGCAGUCUGUGUUCACCAGCGUGCGGCAGAAGAUCGAGAAAGAGGAAGAGAGUGAGGGAGAAGAGAGUGAGGAGGAAGAGGACGAGGUAGAUGAAGGGUCGGAGUCUGAAUCUCGUUCGGUGAAGGUGAAGAUAAAGCUGAGCCGAAAGGAAAAGGUGGAGAGAGGGAAGGGAAGACGCCGAACCGGACGCAGUUGGCGCCCUAAACCCGUCGUUAGUGAUGACGAAAGUGAGGAGGACCAGGAAGAGGAGCAUUCGGCUAGUGGCAGCGAGGAAGAUUAAACAUUCUUCAGGACCAAUCACUUCUGCUGCAGAUACGUCAUUUUACAUGAGAUCCGACAGACGCCCUAGGGCCUAGGGCGUCCUGAAGGGCCUAGUUUUACCCUAGAACAACUUUCUAGAGAGAGGACAUGUAUACGAAAAUGAUUAAAUGAGAAAAUGACACUAUAAAAUGCAGAAGAAAGCCCUUGCAUUUGCAUAUUUAAGCAGACGAUCUCCUUUUAUGUAUAGCAAGACAGUUUAAGUAUUGAGCAUUCGUUUCUUUCCAUAUUUUUUCUUAUGAUUUUUCUCAAAGACGUGACAUAAGAUGAACAGAUAUCUGACAGACUGACUCACAAUGGACCAGUAAGAGCGGAUCAUGCUUCAAUGUCCUCUUAUUGUUUUUAGCCGUGUGAACGUCACCCCUUCAUCCACCCCCCCCAAUGCAUGUUGUUUGUGGAAAACGCAGCCAGUUAUUUCUCUUUCCAUUUUUCUCUUGAUCUCUCUGUUUAAAUUAUGAUUGCAAAGAGGAUUAAGGUACUUCCUCCUUAUAGACUUGGGAGAAAUGGGGGAGAAUAGGGUGUAGGAUUCUGUACUGUGUCAGUGUCACUGGAUUUCCAAAAUGCACAAUAAAGGCAUCUCAGAAAGA